UAGCUAAGUGUGUGUGUUUUGAGUGAGCAACAAAAAAUAUGGCGCCAAAAUUUAGCUCUCUCAUUUUCCUCUUCCUUCUACUUAAUUCCUUCCGGCAAUGUUUCGGAGAUCGUCAUGACUAUCAUGACGCUCUCCGAAAAAGCAUUCUCUUUUUCGAAGGCCAACGCUCCGGAAAACUUCCACCUGAUCAACGUAUCAAGUGGCGUAGAGACUCCGCAUUGCACGAUGGUGCCUCCGCCGGAGUAGAUUUGACAGGAGGUUACUACGAUGCGGGAGACAACGUGAAGUUCGUGUUUCCAAUGGCAUUUACAACGACAUUGUUGUCAUGGAGCAUAAUAGAUUUCAAAAGGAACAUUGGAAGUGAGCUAGGAAACGCCGUGAAAGCGGUGAAAUGGGGAACGGAUUUUCUGUUAAAAGCAACGGCUAAAGAAGGUGUGAUAUAUGUGCAAGUUGGUGAUGCAUUUUCCGAUCACAGUUGUUGGGAAAGACCAGAAGAUAUGGAUACUUUAAGAACUGUUUAUAAAAUCGAUCAGAAUCAUCCCGGUUCCGACGUUGCUGGUGAGAUCGCUGCUGCAUUAGCCGCUGCUUCAAUUGUUUUCCGAUCAAUCGACGGUUCUUACUCUAAGCUGCUGCUUGAUCGUGCCAUUGAGGUUUUUGAUUUUGCCAAUAGACAUAGAGGUGCAUACAGCUCCAGCUUGCACUCUGCUGUUUGCCCCUUUUACUGCGACUUCGAUGGUUAUCAGGAUGAAUUGCUUUGGGGUGCAGCAUGGCUACAUAAAGCAACAAGGAGAAGGCAAUAUAGAGAGUACAUAGUGAAAAAUGAGGUUAUUUUAAGAGCUGGGGAUACAGUUAAUGAAUUUGGUUGGGACAAUAAACAUGCUGGAAUUAAUGUCCUCAUUUCCAAGGAAGUGUUGAUGGGAAAAGCACCAGAUCUAAAAUCCUUUCAAGUAAAUGCAGAUGCCUUCAUUUGCUCAAUAUUACCUGGAAUUUCUCAUCCCCAAGUCCAAUAUUCUCCAGGUGGACUCAUUGUCAAACCUGGGGUUUGUAACAUGCAGCAUGUGACAUCAUUGUCCUUCUUACUCUUAGCUUACUCUAAUUAUCUCAGUCAUGCCAAUCAUGUUGUGCCAUGUGGUUCCAUGUCAGCCACCCCUGCUCUCCUCAAACACAUUGCCAAACGUCAGGUGGAUUAUAUUCUUGGUGAUAAUCCUCAAAGAAUGUCAUACAUGGUAGGUUAUGGUCCACAUUAUCCAUUAAGAAUUCACCACAGAGGCAGCUCAUUACCAUCAGUGGCCAGCCACUCAAGUCGUAUUGGUUGUAAAGAAGGAUCUCGCUAUUUCUUUUCUCCAAAUCCAAACCCAAAUCGUUUGAUUGGCGCUGUUGUUGGUGGCCCAAAUCUUACCGAUACCUUCCCAGACGCAAGGUCAUUUUUUCAGGAAUCUGAACCAACAACAUAUGUUAAUGCGCCAUUAGUGGGCCUUUUGGCUUACUUUUCAGCCCAUUCUAAUUGAUUAAUGGAUUCCACAUAACAUGUGUUGUAAAGAGAGAAUGUAGUGGUGUGCAAAGGCCACCCUCUCUAUUAUUGUUCUUCUUCUUGUCAUCAAAUGAAACAAUGUACUAGGACUAUAUAUGUAUUAUUAUGCCAAUUGCCAACUUAUAUAUAUAUAUUAAUUAAUACAAAAAAGAAUGUUUUCUUCAU